AUGGGGCGAACAAUUUACCAGGUCGUUGCGACCUGCGCGUGUCUGCUGCUACUCCUAUCCCACUCGUCCGCUGAGGCUCCCUCGUCCAAGCCGCCUUCCACCCACGAAUCAGCUUCUUCUUCCAGACCGGCCCCUUCUCCCAAACCGGCUGAUGCUCCCAAACCUGCUCUCGCUCCCAAACCAGCUCUCGCUCCCAAACCAGCUCUCGCUCCCAAACCUGCUCUCGCUCCCAAACCUGCUCUCGCUCCCAAACCUGCUCUCGCUCCCAAACCUGCUCUCGCUCCCAAACCUGCUCUCGCUCCCAAACCUGCUCUCUCUCCCAAACCAGCUCUCGCUCCCAAACCUGCUCUCGCUCCCAAGCCCUCUGCCUCCGGCCAAGCAGCUGGCUCGCCCGAGCCUGCGCUUCCCCCGAAGCCGUCUCUCGCUCCAAAGCAUGCGCCCUCCCCCAAGAACGCCGACGCGCCUUCCCCCAAGACCGCUCCCGCGUCUUCCCCCAAGUCUGCCCCCCCACCCGCGGAAAAGGGGACCGCGCGACUGAGCGCGGUGGAGGAGGCGAAGCUGGCGGCGGAGGGAUGGAAACUGACGGCGGAGAACCUGAAAACGCUGCGCGAGGAAGGAGCGGAGGUGUUGACGGAGGAGAAUGUCCAGAUGCUGACGGAGACGGAUCCGUCAAGUCUGACGGAGGAAGACGGAGACAAGUACUUCCACUUCCACCACGUGGCGCACAUGGCGCAUCUGGCGCACAUGGCGCACCUCGCGCAGCUGCAGAGCAUGGAGGCGCACAACCAAGCAGAAGCCUCGGCGCAAGCGGUUCCUCCAGUCGCAAAGACUGCGGGGAGAAACGUUGACGGCGCCGCGGAAACCGCGGGCGAGAAGAUUGACGGCGUGCGGAGCGUGGAGACGCCGAACACGGUAAUUAAAGCCGCUGGGACUAAGGGCCAGGACGUCCGCGAUAUUGAAAAUGACAUCCUCGUUACGGACGACGUGAGAGUCACCGGCAAGGAGACAGCUGUACCCGCUAUAACGGCAUCCGUCAAGAUUCCGAGCUCCGAAGCGGAACUCAGUCCCAAGGGCGUCGUGGCGGCUGCGGAUGAAGCGGGCGACAUCGAGGCGACCGAUGCGAAGGAGACAGAUGCGAAGGCGACAGUUGCGAAGGGCGACGUGAAGGCGACAGUUGCGAAGGGCGACGUGAAGGCGACAGAUGCGAAGGGCGACGCGAAGGCGGCAGAUGCGAAGGGCGACGUGACGGCGACAGAUGCGAAAGGAGACGCGAAGGCUAAGGCCAACGGGAAUUCUACCGAUGUGAAGGGAGAGACCAAGGGCGAGACGAACGGCGAGGCCAAGGCUACAGCUGCUGACGCUGAGGACGACAGUAGCGCGUACGAGGAGGAGAGCUGCCCGGCGGCUCCGCUGGAUCAAUGCGACUUCUACUUCGAGGGGCACCCCGAGGACGUGCCCGUGUUCCGCCUCGAUAAUAUCACACCCGAUACCGCUAUAAGCCCGCCGCUCGUGUCGAGCCGCAUUCAGCAGAUAAUUGAGGUGGAUCGCAGCGGCGCAGCGCAGUUCCUGUGCCCAAUGGACGGCGUGCGCGGCGACGACAACCAGUUCUACCUCACCAAGCAGCAAUCCACGCUGCACGUCCGCACCUUCCAAACGUCGUCCCCUCAUCCUCUCUCCCAUUGCCCGCAGCUGUCCUCGCCGCGUGACAAGUUCGAGUCGCGGUGCGUGAAGCUGUGGAUCGUGAAUGCGCAGAUCCCGGCGCCCAACGGCUCGGUGCUCAACACAGCGCCGGGCGACGACCUGCAGAGCGACUACCCCGACGCGCGCCGCUGCGUCGUCUUCAAGACCGGCCCCGUCGCGCCGCAGUCCGUGUCGUGCGGCCGCCAGCCCGUGUUCGCGCAAGCCGUCGGCUCCCCGCCCGGGGACCUCGUCGCGCGCCCUUCCUCGCCCCCCACGCCUUCCGCGCCGGGUGCGCCCGGCGCUCCUGGCUCUCCCCCUUCUUCCCCCAACAGCCCGCCGGGGGAAGACUCCCCGCCCUCCUCCUCCCCGCCCUCUCACAAGACGAGUACCAGCAGCCCGCCCUCUCACUCCCCCUCGUCUCCCCCUUCCGCCGACUCCCCUCCCUCCCCCGGGACCCCCGACCGUCCCCCCUUGGCGGGGGUUCAGACCUUGCAGCCGCCUUCCCCGCCCAAGCCGUCCCCCUCCCCGCGUGCUCCCGGGUCCCCCGCCGCGCCAGGAGAGGAAUCCCCAUCCUCCUCCCCGCCAGGCUCCCCCGACCGCCCGCCUACGCCCCCGCACGCGCAGGUACUCAUUCCCCCUCUGGCUACCACCAAAACCCAGUCGCCCCCGCCCCGCACUUCCUCCCCGCCCCCGCCCACACCUUCCCCCGUCUCCCCCUCCGGGCCAGUCACCCCCCAGUCCACCCCAAACUCCCCCGACGACACUCCCCCGGAAUCUCCCCCCGAGUCUCCCCCCGAGGGUUCCCCCGAGGCUCCCCCCGCGCCCAUUCCCCCCGCUGAGUUCCCCAAGCCGACAGGGCUGUGCAAGAUGAUGUGUCCGGCCAACCCGCUGUCCCUCUGCGACUUCUACUUCCAGCAGCAUCAGUCCGCCGUGCCCCUCUUCCACCUCAACGGCACUGUUCCCGACUCGGCCAUCAGCCCGGCGCUAAAGACAAACAAGCUGCCGCCUGGGAAGUUUGUCGAGGUGGACUCGGUCGACCACAACCGGCUGCAGAUUUUGUCCUGUGUGGAUUACACAUCAGCACCGGCGAGCUACAGGGAGAUGUUUUACGUGACGGGGCAGAUCGGGCGGCUGCACCGGCGGGCCACGGACGGGGAGAGCAUGAUGGAGUUUUACGAUGGGGCGUGCGUGCGGGUGAAGCUACAGUCGCUGCAGCUGGCAUAUAACGAGACGAAUGUGAUUAAUUUGAAUUCUGGAGAUGGCAACAAGGAGUUCCCCGAGUCGAGGCGAUGCAUCGUGUUCAAAACGGCCAUGUGA